UCCACAUGCAAAGGAUUUAGUAAUAAAAAUGCUUUAAUAUGAUAUGUAAAAGAGAAUGAAUGCAAAAUAAGUAUUGGAACAUUCUUGGUUUUAAUAAUAACAUCAAGAAAAGGCUGAUAAACAAGUAGUUCAAGGAAGAUUAAAGAAUUAAAGGAAUUUUAGAACAGAAUGAAAGUUAUGUUUAUUGGAACUACUAUGAUUUCAAAGGAAGAGAAAAACUAAUUAGUAGAUAUAUAAUUAUUCAAAAAAUGUAAGCUUUUAAAGAGAUGGAUUAAAAUGGAGAUGGCAUAUUGACAAAGGAGGAAAUCUUAGAAACUUAUAAAAAGUAUAUGGAUGAUGAAACAGCAUUGUAAGAAGUAUAAAAUAUAAUGGGAUUGGUUGAUAUGGAUGGAUCAGGUACAAUAGAUUACACUGAAUUUAUUAUUGCAUCGAUGGAUAGAAAAAAAGCAGUGUAAAUGUAAAAAUUAAAAGAAGUAAUAUAAUAUUGCGAUUAUAUAACAUUAGGCAUUUUAAAUAUUUGAUAAAGAUAGAAAUGGAUUCAUUUCAGAACUCGAGAUAAAAGAAGUAUUAGGGCCAUCAUUAACUGUAAUUGAUGAAAAAUAUUGGUUGGACAAGAUUAAAGAAAUUGAUAGGAAUGGUAAUGGAUAAAUUAAUUUCGAAGAAUUUUGUGAGAUGAUGAUGAAAAUCAAAUAAUGA